AUGAAUGUAAUUUCUACCUCGGGCAACGAGCAGAAGCGGCCGGUGCCAGGCCCGACCGCCCGUAAGGCCGGCGGCGGUGGCGGCGGCGGUCCCCUCAACUCGGAUACACCGGGACCCUUCCUCUUCGAGGGACCUGAAGGUCAAGCGCCGACCUCAGUCCUGGCAACGGGACUCGGUGAUCCUACCCGUCUAGACCCAUCUAUUGCUGCAGGCCUCUCAAUGUCUAGCAACUUUGCCGGCUCCAGCUCUGUCGCCAAAGGCGCUACCAUGCAGGAGUCGUUCAUUCAGGUAGGCAUGUAAGAGCAGACUUUGCUCGAAUCUAUUGCACUGCGAUGUUAUCAGAUUAGGGAAUUAGUUAUUCAGUCAGAACAGAAUGCCCCUAUACUCUUCUGACAGCGGGCACUAUCAUUAAAGGUUAACCCCCCGUCAACACCCUAUCGUCAUAAGACAGUUUGACCGUCUCAUGCAACGAUGUUCGCCGUGUACUUCACGGCGUGGUAGGUGCAGCACGGUGACUUGCGCGUGAAUUAGUUUGUAGUGACAGUGGGUUUGCACAGUAUCUACCACACCCGUCCCUCGCCCACCUGGUCAUGGGGGCAGCACAAAGGACGACCGGGGGGGGCCCAGGCGCAUUGGUUGACAAAGUCAAACAGCCCGUGUACGCGUACCACACACAUGACCUGGUUUCCGCAGAACGGACCCAGUUCUCACACAGGGUGUGAGAGCUCCCUAAAAAAUGACCCAUUAGGCCGACUCCCGGUGCUCCAGCCAGUAACUAACAUGAGGACCCAGUUAACCCGGCCACGACUUCUAGCACGUACUCAUGCAUUCAAGUGCGUUUAGCCGAACACCGCCAUGAACUAGAUCAUUCGAAAUGGUACAAAGAGAAGCUUGGCGAGGGGUGCACAUUCGACUUGCUUGUAAGAUCACACCUGGUAAAGAUGGCUGUUUAAGUAGUGUAAAAAUUUUUCGAUCGAUUUUCCAUGCCCCUAUAAAUUCAGGUAUAUUUUUUAGUGGCAAACACGGCCAAGAAUGUUCUUUUGUGUACUUGUUGGGCAAGCGGACUACUUCUUCGUCAAAUAUCGUACCUGAAGAAGGGGCGUCUUUCGGUUUUGAAAGACGUUUUCAAUUCGCGAGUAAUUUGGGAUCCGACCUGCAGCCUCACUUGCGUUUUGGGGUUCCAAGCAGCAUGCUGUAUACUCUCCGUGCAGAAAAGAUUAUAUUCCUCAGAGCUCUUCAGAAGAUGUCAAGUGAGGUUUAUAAGAAUUUGCAGUUAAUGUGGACCAUGCUGUAUACUUCGCAAGCAUCAUCAAUAAACGAACAGAUACGAUGUUGUAUGAAUAGACUUGUUAAAACCAAAAGAUGCUUUUUAAUCAAUCAUAAUAUUCUAAGAAGACGUUAUAUGCUACCAACUGAGUGUAAGAAAGAAUAUUUUUAUGCAUGCUUCCUAUAAAACGUAUGUAAAUUAAUAAGGGUAUAGAAAGUAAAUAAGAAAAAUUCUUGCUACUUAAGUGACUAUUUUUUACCGAAUGCACAUCCUGCAGGCCACCGGAAAGAAGCUCAUUCUGAAUUAUCUUGUGACUAUUCCACACGAUGAUCAAUUUUACAACCCCAUCCACGCAAUUCUUUCUACUCUGAAAUACUUUUCAGAAUCCGGUCAGGGGUUUUAGUUGAAACCCCAUGCACGCGGUCUGCCGAUGUUGCUAUUUUUGCAUUGUGCAGCUGCGAGAAGCUCGGCCCUCCCGUGUUUAACCCACUGCCUUUCAAAUGUCUGCCACCAGCGGUACUAAUUAUUUGUGGAAUGGACAUUACGUGGUUGUCCAGCAGAAUUUUAUUGUCUCCCACUCAAAUUUGCAUUACGAUUUCAGGGCUGACCCUAAAAAAGUCGCGUUCCAGACACUCAGCGUCAAAGACCUGGAGUUAUUAUGCCAGAGACCAUGUAGAGGAUGCUGGAAGGCCUACGGAGUAGCUGAACCCCUCAGAGCUGCAUAAUUUAGCAACAGGAACACUGUUGAAACGCAUGUUUGGGCUUUUAGCUAGUACCUACUUUGUAUGGUUGUUUCCACCUGCACGCUGACGGAAAUUUCCACUGUGUACUAAUCCCUGUUACAUUGCUCUCUGUCAUUUAGACCAAAACCAGCCAUUUCUUGCUAACCAUGCACUUUAUUAGCUUUCCAGCAUGAUGAAUGCGCGUUUUUGCGUUUAUUUCGAUAUAUAUUUACGUCUUCUCUUCUGCUACAGGCCGUUAUUGCAGCCGGUCAGUUGGAUCUUCUGUUGACCCGCCUGAGUGGGCUCAGCCGCGAACGCUCCCGGUUCGUGGACUUUGAGGAGGUAUUCUCAAUAGCGGUGCCGAACACGAGCGUGGCCAAUCCCAUCGCGGGCGCCGCCGGUGCAACUGGUAGCAGCGUCUCCGUCCGUGUGCGUCGCAGUCUCCUGCCUGCCGGCGAUAAUCCCGCUGCUGCUUUACCCGUCCUCCGGUAUCUCGGUUCAGUGGAAUCCGAGAAGACUGUAGGUCUCCCCUCCCGUUGUUAUCAUCUUCCCCCCCCCCUUUGUCCGCCCUUCCUUUCACCAACUCCCACCGUUGUACUAACACGCGCUGCUUUCGUCGCUACUGAGUUGACUACAGCUCCGACCCUCAUUGGUUCCGCUGCGGCCCGUUGCGCGCUCAUUGGUUUGCUGAAGGCCGAAUGCGUGCUCCGAUGGUCGAGUUGUUUGAUUAACCUGGCGUCAGCGAAUAGAACUGCCAACCACUGUAUCGAUUUAAAUGUGGCAAGGAAGGCUAGGUGCCGUGGCUCUCGAUGUGGAUGAUUUAGCUAGGAGCGGGUCUCCCUUUAACCCUGCUGCCGAUCUUUGAUACCGAAACGAAAGGAGUCCACGCGAACGCAAUAUGAAUUUAGGCGUUUACUUCCGGCAUCAGCUACCUGUAAAUUCGACCUGUAAUGCGAAGAAAAGUUUGCGAAGACCGCUGAUGUUGAAGUUGAGGCAGCAAGCAACAAAGCAACCAAGCCAAUCGGUUCCGAGUUUGGUCUCUGACCAGUUUUGUCGACCUUUGUGUCAAUCUCCAACCUGGGUGUUGAACUGUCAUUCAGCCUGGCAGCUGAGGAUGUGGUAACACGAUUGAGCUAGACUUAUCCAUUUAUUGAUUAUUGACUUCAUCCCAUGCGCUGAUUGUCUUGUCCACUGCCCUGAGCCCGACGCGUUCAAGACUCGCCACGACAAUACCACUGAAUGCCAUUAACCCUGACCAGAGCUCUGGGACACAUACACGCUGUCGUGUGCUCGAUGCGUGCAUUCGACGCAAGUCAAAGACUUACUGGACAGUAUGUCCUAAAUUUCUCUAAUCCACCAGGUGGGUGCACACACCAGCCGAUCACGUGCACAGAUGCAGUGUGUGUGUGCCUGCCUGCGCCUUGGUCUUUCCGGCAAGCGCACGCCCACUAAUCAGGCAAUCAAACCGAGUCGGGUCGAGCACGGCGUCGUCACAACACAAAUCGAUAAAAUGACUGCUUUUGCCCCUCAAUGUAUGCAUCUAUCUUACCUUGGCCGUGGCUUACGCUUAACAUACUUAAAUGGGGACGGAUAGGGUCACGCAUGUGAUAGCGACAGAUGAACUGACAGCGCAGGUACUAGCUGUCAGCCCGGCAAAUCAUUUAACAUGUCUAUACUACUGAUUGCAUGUUGGCAGUUUAUGAAUAGCAUGCGGUUAUUCCGCUGUAGUUGAUGGAUUUUGGUUCCAAAUUCAUAUCGACUUUUGAAUUGAGCCUAUAAAGCGUACUUCCGACUGAUUUACUUCAAGUUAAUAAUUCAUUUCUGAGGCGAUUCAAAACCUAGAGAAAUGUAUUGUGUGCACUGCGCUCAGGAAGGGGGAGGAGGGGCUUUGCUCUUCGCUGCGGAGUCCUUGGUGUCCAGUACAGUGUCCCACACGCCACCCGAAAGACAAACUUGCCCCAAAAGAAUACCCCAUGUGGGCCUACUGAAUAAAAUGUAGUAGUUAGUUAUGUGUAGUUAAAUAACCCAACACCCGUCCGUAGCCUACCCUUACCGAGCGACGUAACGCCGAAUGAGACAACCAUCUCGCUCGAUUCAGUACGUUGCUACCGCAGUUCUGAUGAUAAAUGCGAAGUUAAAUUAACUGCCCCUCCAGAUAUUGGUGAAAAAGUUCGAUGAACGAGCUACCCCUGCUAGUUUUUUGAUUCGUCGAUUAGUCUUAGCCGGUUGGACCCGCCGCAGAAACUCAGAGCCGGACUGGUUGGCCUAGCUUACUCCUUUGCUUUGUUGCUUUCCGCAAUUAAAGAGUUCAAAAUUAUGAAUUACUUCCUCCCCGGUUCUGACUUUUCCUUCUCCUGCAUCUUCUCACCAUAACGCCUAAUGUCGUACGGUGCGACUGCUGGAACGCAGUUCCAUUAGAUGUCACCUGCGUUUUCAGUGUCGCGUUUUAACGCUAAAAAUCACACUCAGCAGAUGUUUCCUUUUUGGAGGAAGAGUGUGAACGAUAAAAACUGCAGCCUUGACUUUCUCUCACCUCACCUGCCUUCCCUACCCUCCAGGUGCUCCGUCGUAGUUGUCUCGAGGUGCCCACCAGUGGACCGUUGGUCAGUUUCCUCUGCAGUCUCGGCUUCAAAAAGGACUUCGAUUUUGUCGCUGAGGGCCACAUUUUUAUUCGCGGCCGGGCCAAGGUGCUUGUGUACUCGGUGAAUCAGGUGGAACAGUACAGCCACGAGAGUGGUGUGGUGAGUCUCGCAUUCUGUUAUGCGAUUGCAGCGAAUGCAGAGGCGGAAUUAAUGCCAGGACAACGGCAGUCUUAACUGUCACACAACUGUUUCAGUAGUCUCAGAGACACAUGAAAUGUUUGCUGAGAUUCUCAAAAGUCUUUCAAAUCUGAAAUGUUUUUAUUAAUGAGAGAGGUUCAUAGUAUUAACAUGCACCAAACAGAAUCUAAAGAUAGUUCGUGUAUCUCAGCACGCCGGUUUUUCUGUUCAUUACCCAACCUCAAAGAAAUGUUGCGCAAAUGUAUUUCAGAACACUCCGAGGCCAAUUAGCAGUGUUUUUGAAAGCCUUGUUUUUGCACAGGUUAGCUAUUCACUCACCAUGAAUCAUUAACUAAUGCCACAAACACACGGUUGAUGAUAUUUCAGUAGCGUGGUCGUAGGAAAUCUUAAGUUCUGGGGCGAACAUUGAUACAUCUGGCCAAUUUUUUGGAGCCUUACCGUUAACCUGCUGUCCUCCAUCCACCCGUAAAAAGGUUUGGCCGAAAAUUGAGCUUCGACACUUUUAUGCUCAGUUUCGUUGAGUGCGUGUGGGGGUUGGGUGAAAGGUGGCACCCAAACAUGCUCCUAUUUAGGGGAUUCACUUUUCGAAGUCAUGGACUGGGUGUUUACACAAAAUCCGUUAUAUGCCCUAAGAAGAAUUGACGCAGUUCAUUACAGAGUAGUGCCCCUCUUGGAAACUUUAUCAUGCGAGAGUUUCGAAUAGUUUAGCACCCAAGUAGUUAGGUUAUUAAUAUACCGAGCCGGGAUAUGUACCGUUAAAUCACUCUGACGUGUUCUUGCGGAUAGCGCAUCACCUUUGUUUAAAUUUCUCUCAAUUGAUACAGCGGCGCGCAGUCUUAACUCUGCGCUUGAUGUAGGCUGCCCCGCCCCGGAGUUUGAUCGAUCUGAGCCCUCGCCGUCAAGCUCCCAUAGUUGGUGCUGGCAUAUGUCAUACGUAACUCUGCCGAGACCUCAUUGUGUCCCCUGGGCGUGAACUGUUAGUCAGUUUAUCUCUUUGUUUGUAGGCUCUGCCAAAGAGCUGGCGCAAUCUCCUGCCUCGCAGCUACAUGGUGGAAGUCAGCGCCGUCGGCAGUCCCGCAGAUGACUCCCUCCCAAAGGAAGUUUCCGGUUUGAUGGAGCUCCUGUGUCCUCUUGUUGUCCCCGGCCGGGUGGACCAUGCCCGUCUGGUGUGUCGAUGA